AUUUGGUGACGUUGCUGUUACCGACCUGCUACAUCAUCAGGAAGUGCUGCUCGUUCUCGCGCACGUGUGCUGUGUCGGAAAGCUGCGUGGUUGUUGUUGCUGGAAACAUUUUUGGACUCCGGGACUGAUUUUCGUGAAGUUUGGCAUUUGAUGGAAUAAAGCUAGUGAAAUGCCUAAAGUGAAAAGAUCAAAAGGUGGAGGGGGUGGUGGUGGAGAAACGAUUGGCCUGGCUGAACAGAUUCUACAAUCGGACAUGGUGCGACCGCACGGCCGAGUAAAGAACAGAGAUCAGGUGAAGAUGAGGGAAGAGGACGAAGAUGAGUACGUUGACGAACGUUUGUCGCGGAAAAUCCUGGAUCAAGCACGCAUACAGCAGGAGGAACUUCAGUCCGAGUUUGGACUGGCACCAGAAAAGAAGCAGCCAUCCACAGUUUUGGGCCCCAGCACCCAGGAUGGAGACUCUGAUGAGGAAUGGCCAGCUCUUGGAGCAGCGGGAGCUGGUGAGGACGAGCUGGCAGGUGGCAGUAUGGUGGAGGUGGACACAGAGGAUGAAAAAGCCAUUCAGAUGUUCAUGAGCAAGAAUCCCCCUGUCAGACAGACACUAGCUGACAUCAUCAUGGAGAAAAUCACAGAGAAACAGACAGAGGUGGGAACAGUGAUGUCGGAGUUGUCAGGACGACCCAUGCCACAGCUUGAUCCAAGAGUCAUUGAGGUUUACAGAGGUGUACAAAAGGUUUUGUGCAAGUACCGCAGUGGGAAGCUUCCCAAAGCUUUCAAGAUCGUCCCAGCUCUGGCUAACUGGGAACAAGUUCUCUACAUGACGGAACCAGAGUCCUGGACUGCUGCUGCAAUGUAUCAGGCCACUAGGAUAUUUUCCUCUAAUCUGAAGGAACGAAUGGCCCAGCGUUUCUACAAUUUGGUGCUGUUGCCUAGAGUACGAGAUGACAUUGCUGAAUACAAACGACUGAACUUCCACCUCUACAGUGCCCUCAAGAAGGCCCUCUUUAAGCCUGGCGCAUGGUUUAAAGGUAUAUUGAUCCCGUUGUGUGAAUCUGGAACCUGUACUUUGAGAGAGGCCAUCAUCAUUGGCAGUAUCAUCACUAAAUGCUCCAUCCCAGUCUUAUACACCAGUGCUGCCAUGCUGAAGUUGGCUGAGAUGGAAUACAAUGGCGCCAACAGCAUCUUCCUGCGCCUAAUGCUGGAUAAGAAGUACGCACUUCCCUUCCGCGUUCUGGACGCCCUGGUGGCCCACUUCCUGUCGUUCCGCAGUGACAAGAGGGAACUUCCUGUGCUGUGGCAUCAGAGCCUGCUCACAUUGGCACAGCGCUACAAAGCUGACCUGGCCUCCGAGCAGAAAGCGGCUCUGCUGGAGCUGCUGAAGGUGCAGACACACCCGCAGAUGACGCCCGAUAUCCGGCGGGAGCUUCAAAACUCUGGGUCACGUGACGAAGAGACUGCCAUGCCCGUCAUGGCCAUGGACUGAACAUUUUUGUGUUUUUCUUUCACCGGCCUCCUCCUGUCAGUUUGUUCAAUGCAUCAAUCAAUACACAGUCUUUGUAGUGUGACUGCCCAUUUAGUUUUUGUGUUUUUUCUUUGCAGUUUAGUGAAUUGUGUUAAAGGAGUUAUUAUUGUACAUGAAUGUGUAUGAUUACAUAUAAUCAUCUGCAGGGAGAAACUACAUGAGUCAAGAUUGAUGUGUGAAAAAAAAAUGGUUUGCCUUUUGCAGUGCCUUUCAUUGUGGUCACUAUUGUUAAACAGUCAGAGGUCAACCUUUAUUAAUCUGUGGACAAUUUCUACAGACAGUGUCCUACCAGUUUAAUUCUAAUGUGAUGUACUGUCAAUCAGUAGGCCUAUUUAACUCUUGCUGUGUGGAACUACUUCUAACUUGUGCCCUCCAAAAGGAUUUGUAUUUGCAAACGAUUUAAGAAUAAAUUACAACCUGAAUCUUUA